AUGCCUCCGACUUCGCUCAUCACCUCUCCCUCUUCUGACCUCUCUGCAUCGGCUGCAUCGUCUGUCAGGGAGCGAGUGGCGAUGCCACCGCUGAUCACUGCUCACCCACCCUCGCCAUCGGCAGUGCCCUCAACGGCGCCUCAACGGCUGGCGACACGCUAA